ACUGGCGCAGCGCUCGUCGCGUGCACUUCGAAUGCGCUCCGCGUUCGUUCAUCUCCAUCUUUCUUUUUCUGUAUCUUUCUCUCUCUCUCUCGCUCUCUCUCUCUCUCUCGCUCUCUCUCUCUCUCUCUCUUUCUCUAACUCGCUUUCUGUGUCGCUUUAUAUAUAUAUAUAUACACACAUAUAUGUAUAUAUAUAUACAUAUAUCUCGCUCUUGCUCUAUCAUUCCUCUUUCAUUUUUUAUUUCGAAAAAAAAUAUGUUCGGUCUAACAAUCGUUUUCAUUUCUACGUGUUAAAAAGGAAAUAGAAAAAAAAGAGGUAACGCUUGAAGGAAUUCGUGAAUUUUGUGACACGUGAUAUGAUUAUCGUCUCAGUGCUUGUUUGUGUUCUUAUCAUUCGAUUGCUUCGUUAAUUCUAAUUCGAUUGGAUUGUGAACUUGGCUCGAUGAUUAAUUUAAAAUGAUUCUUCAUUGUUGAAAGGGAAGAAUUUCUAAUUUAUUUCUUGUCCCUCCGUUCGUUUAAACACGACGAUAUAUAUUUGUAAAAGUAAAAUCGUGUAUAAAAGAAAGAUGUUGAAACACGUGUCGGUGUCGCCAUGGAGAGGGCGAGCAGACAGCGUGAGUCUAUCUUCGAGCGGGGGUGCAAGUAGUUGCGGAAGCGGAAGUCCAACCCCUGGUCACACGCCACCACCGUCGAGAGCAUCGUCCUGUGCAUCUUUAGCACCCUUGACCGCUCUCUCGAGUUUUUCUCCGGCUGAUACAGCACCACAACAGACGACUAUAAAGGUGUAUGCAAAUUGUCUACGACCAGAUAUCGAGUACAAAACCCUGAGCAUUACUUAUGAGACAACGUGUCGCGAGGUUGUUCAAAAUUUGUUGAACAAAUAUCGUAUGAGGCACCGUGAUCCAAGACUCUUUUAUAUGACCAUGGAAGUUACAGUAAGAAGGGCCAAUGUACGUACGAUUUUGCCACUCGACGAGGACGCCAGACCUGCUGUACUUCAAUCUUGUCAUCCACGAGGCGAUUCCAGAUUUUCUUUACAGACACGUCGUGGCGGUCUUGUGAAAAUAUACGAUAGUGCUCUCAUGUCUGGCUCAAAGUACAAGAGUCUGCUCGUUUCCGAACAGACCACCGUGGACGAACUGAUCCAGAUGUUAUUGAGCUGCUAUAGUUCGAAAGAACGGGUUGAACAAUUUUCCUUAUACGAAGUCUGUGAAGGGGAGGAAUAUCAGAGGAAACUUCAUCCAGAUGAUUCACCUCUUAAAGUUACGCAACGAUGGACGAGCGCGGAUAGACACUUACGUAUACGACGUAAUCCCGAUUAUAAUCCACACAGGAGAAAGAGUAUGUGGGCGUCGGACUCGAGUAUCAGUAUGGCGAUGUCGCGACUAAAUCUUCAUGGUGAUCAUCGUCAUUAUUCACAGAGCGAAAACAAUAAUCAUCUUCUUCUUCAUCAGCAUACCAAUAACAAUAACAAUAACAAUAACCUCAAUCACAAUAAUAACAAUAAUAACAACAAUAAUAAUAAUAAUAACAAUACGAGUACUACGAACAACAACGUUCACAAGCUCGAACAACAUCAUCACCAUCAUCAUCAUCUAUCGUUGGGUUCGAUCAAUCAACAAUCGAGAAUAGUUGUGGCGCACACAACGCAAUUGCCGCCAUUGCAAUUGUCGCGUGUGCAACAGCAACAACAACAACAGCAACAGCAACAGCAACAGCAACAACAACAACAACAACAACAACAACAGCAACAAUUGCCUCUGAGUGUCCCUUCAACGCCAAUCUCCUCGAAACAUGUUUCAACAGCUGCUUAUAACGAUUAUGAAAAUUAUCUCUUUAUAUGAGUGAUUAUUAACGAACGAUCAUGCUCGUUCGUUUCUAUUAAAAUAUACUCUCCUUUCGUAUCCAAUGGAAGAGAUAUAAUAUUCAUGAGAGAUUACGAUGUAGUACAAGAAUUUUUUAAUGUUAAGAAGUUAACGUUAUUACCUGAUUUAUACUUAAAACUCCAUUCUUUAUUUACGUUAGACUUUACACGUAACGCAUUUGUCGUUGUUCCUUAUCAAAGCGAUCUGAGGAAAGAUCUAUCGAUCUUUUCUGUUUCUACCAAAAAAGAAAAGAAAAAGAACAGGAAAAAGAAAAACGUAAGAAGGAAGAAUAAUUGAUAAUUAUCAAAGGACAUGGUCGACGUUCAUUAUGCUACGAAACAAAGAGAAUCACGAUUGUAGUCAGUAGAAGAGAAAAAUUGUACCAAAGGUAGAUCUACGAAAUGAUUAAUAAAAAAAACAAAAAAAAAAAGAAGAAAAAAGAAAGAAAAAAAAAUAUAUAUAUAUAUAUAUAUGAAUAUAAUAUAGAUGCAUAUUAAAUGUACUAUUGAAUAUUUUGCUUUUAGAGCAAGAUUACGUAUGAAUUUUUUUGAUCGCGAUUAUGUAUUAUGUAUUAUUACUAUUACUAUUAUUAUUAUUAUUAAAUACUAUUAUUAAUAUUAUUAUUAAUAUUAUUAUUAUUAUUAUUAUUAUUAUUAUUAUUAUUAUUAUUAUUAUUAUUAUUAUUAUUAUUAGUAAUAUGUAAUCUUCUUAGGAAGAUUAAUUUUCCGUCGAGUGGUAAACAAUUAGUGCAAGAAUGACGUCAUUUGUAUACCCCGCGAGAUGAUCGCCUAUUUAUUUAUGUUACUCCCGUAAAACAUUUUUCUGUUUUUUUUUUGUUUUUUUUUGUUUUUUUUUUUUUUUUAGUCAAAGUCACUUAAAAAUUUAAAUUAUUCCUAUAUAUAUACACACAUAUACUGUCCUCGACUGUGUCUCUGUAAAAAAAAUCUCGUCGUGCAAUCCGAUUGGACAGUAUCUAAUAUGGGUAUUCCGUACUUGUUGUUAUGUAAAUAAUAAUCAAACAAAUAAUUUCUCCUGAUAGAAUAAUUUUCGAUGAAAAAAGAACAAAAAGGGGAAGAACCAAAAUCGUAUCUAACAUUUCUUUAUGUAAGUUUCUAAUUAUCGCGUUUUCGUUUUAUUUAGAGACUCGGUGCUGGCGGCGCAUCUUAUUACCAAAGAAUCGGUACGAUAUGUAUAAAUGAAAAUAAAUAAGAAAAAAAAAAAAGAAAAAGAAGAGAAAAAAAAUGAUAAUAAAAAAAAAAAGGGAAAAAAAGCAAAUAAAUACAAUAAAGGAACUGGCAGCCGAGUUAUGUAAUAUGUGCAAGGAUGUACGAGAAAAAAAAAAGAAGUAACGCGAUUGCACGUAAUCGUAUUCACGCGUUGUAAGUACCUAGAUAAUGUAAAUAAAUUUUUGUAAUGACGUCGUCGUUUGUUAUAUUUUAUUACACGAGAGAAUAUAAGAUUAAUAAUUUGUGUCCCUC